CACCCACUGACUCGCUAAAGCGACACACAGUGAGUGAAUCAGUGAAUGUUUCACCCUGUCCCUGUGCUGUAAUUCUGAGAGUGGAUUUCUGUCAGCUCUAGCGUAGAUCUACGUAAGGCGAGAUCUCUCUUGUUUUGCUUUGUUAAAAUCCGAAAACGCAACUGCACAACAUAAAGUUUUGCAGCUGAAGAGCUUUCUUGGUCCAAGUAGAGAAGAUGGAUUCCUCAACUGCUUUGUUUGACCAGCUCAAGGUAGCAGAACCAUUUUUCUUGUUAGCGGGACCCAAUGUGAUUGAAUCUGAAGAACACAUUCUUAGAAUGGCCAACCAUCUCAAGACUAUCUCCACCAAAGUUGGGUUGCCACUGGUUUUUAAAUCAAGCUUUGAUAAAGCUAACAGGACAUCCUCAAAAUCAUUUAGAGGUCCAGGAAUGAGCGAAGGCUUGAAGAUCCUUGAGAAGGUUAAAAUAGCAUAUGACAUCCCCAUUGUUACUGAUGUGCAUGAAACAAUUCAGUGUGAACCAGUUGGCAAAGUUGCAGAUAUCAUUCAGAUUCCAGCCUUUUUAUGUCGUCAGACAGAUCUUCUAGUUGCAGCUGCCAAGACUGGGAAAAUUAUCAAUAUUAAGAAAGGCCAAUUCUGUGCUCCUUCUGUCAUGUCAAAUUCUGCUGAGAAGGUAAGAUUGGCUGGAAAUCCAAAUGUCAUGGUUUGUGAGAGGGGAACUAUGUUUGGCUAUAGUGAUUUGAUUGUUGAUCCGCGUAAUUUGGAAUGGAUCAGGGAAGCUAAUUGUCCUGUUGUAGCUGACAUCACACAUUCACUACAACAGCCUGCUGGGAGAAAGUUGGAUGGUGGAGGUGUUGCUAGUGGAGGUCUUCGUGAAUUGAUACCAUGCAUUGCAAGGACAGCAGUGGCCGUUGGGGUGGAUGGAAUUUUCAUGGAGGUUCAUGAUGAUCCUCUGAAUGCCCCGGUGGAUGGUCCAACUCAGUGGCCUCUACGCCAUUUAGAGGAGCUGCUAGAAGAGCUUGUGGCAAUAGCUAAGGUAAGCAAGGGGAAGAAACCGAUGAACAUUGAUCUCACACCAUUUCACGAAUAGGAAAUUGAUUGCCUCUCUCAAAGAUUACCAAGGAGAAAUUAUUUGAUUUGGGGUUACCUGUUGCGGCAUGGAAUGAAGCUUUUGGUGACCCUAAUGUAAAUCCAGCCCAUGAUGAUGAACUUACGUGUAUUUUACCAUUUUACUUUAACAAAAAAAUUUAUUUAAGAUAAAUAUUUGGAAACUUCUUGCAAAAUAGAAGGCAUUUGACACUCAAACCCCUUCCAUUCACCAACAUGUAAGAUGAGUCCUUUUUCAUUUUGGAUUCAACACAUUGUCUCGUAUAUAAACAGUCGGCCCUCGUCGUAGGAAGCCUAGUUGAUUUU